AUGGCUAGAUCUUUAUCAGGUUUAAGGCGUUUGUAUCUCAUUUUUUACAAUUGGAUUGUGUUUUUUGGAUGUUGGUGUUUAGGUUUCGAGUAUUUUGGUGUGAAAACUUUGAAAGAGACUGGGUAUGAAUAUGUCUAUGAUGCUGUGGAAAAGCCUCUGAUUUUUGCUCAAACUGCUGCUUUUUUGGAGAUACUUCAUAGUCUAGCAGGUUUGGUAAGGUCUCCAAUAUCAGCAACACUUCCACAGAUAAGUUCAAGAUUAUACGUAUCCUGGGGAAUUUUAUGGAGUUUUCCAGAGGUCCGGAGUCAUAUACUUGUUAGUUCUCUAGUUAUUAGCUGGUCUAUUACAGAGAUUAUUCGAUAUUCAUAUUUUGGCAUAAGGGAGGCAUUUGGUUCUGUACCUUCUUGGCUCUUGUGGUUAAGGUAUAGUACUUUCUUGUUGUUGUAUCCUAUUGGCAUCACAAGUGAAGUAGGUCUAAUAUAUAAUGCCCUUCCUUACAUGAAGGAAUCUGGAAAGUAUUCUGUUAGGAUGCCAAAUAAAUGGAAUUUCUCUUUUAAUUACUACUAUGCAGCAUUUGUUUGCCUUGCCAUUUAUUUACCAGGCAAGAACCAUAACAUCAUUCUCUUACUAAAAGCAAUUAUGUUUAUUUACUCGGUUUCUUGGUGAGGGAACUCGGAGACAGAAUAUCAAGUUUAUUACAGUUUUCUUUUUAGAUUAUUAUUAGGAUAGCCAGAGCUAUGAUUAACAAGACGAUGUUCGUGAAAAUGCAGGCUUUUCUCACCUCUAUAGUUACAUGCUUGGGCAGAGAAAGAAAGCACUCUCUGAACCAAAAAAGCAUAGGACAGAGACGGACUAGCACUGUGGCUCCAUCCCUGAGGACACGGUUUAUAGGCGGACUAGCAUUGUGGCUCUAAUGAUACUUGAAGAACGAGAGAGUCCUCUUGAUCAUACUUUUCUUUUCUAGGGAAAAAAGUACCUACCAAAUUCGAAUAAUCGACUAUUUCUGUGUGUAACAUUUGGUAUUAGUUAUUGUAUCUCAGACAGUUCACAUGUUUUAAGUUGCACACAGUAUACCACAAGUUUAUAUCAAACAAAAUUAUCAAUAACAUAACGAUAUGUCGAAAAGGCAUCAACCAAAUGCUUUAAUCAAGGGGACAAUAUCAGAGGAUUUUAACUUAUAUCCCAACAAUACAAUGAAAUUUGGAAAAAA